GAUUGGCCAGUCGAGGAGGAGUUGAAGAAGUAACCCAUUGCGCAGAACAUUUUUAUGGCAGUAAAACGUUUGGUUAUAGUGUCACUAUGUGGAGUUCAGAAUUUUCGAAUUGAUCUUUUUUGCCUUCUAACUGUCGUUGAAUUCAUUUGUCAGUAGCUGAAAGUCUAAUAGUAGGAUAAUAUGUUUGAAACUCUGCGAAGACCAUCAAUGCAAUGCUGCUUUUCAGACAGUGCCAUAGCCUUACCAGGGUUGGUCUUCGCAAGACUCAAAGGUGUCAUAUCGAUUCCUCUAGGUUGCAACGACCACUGGAGGCAGUCCCUUCAGUGUUGGCAUGUGCAGGCAGCCUUUCUUCCCGAUGGGGCAGCAGCUAUGGUGGGCAGGAGUCAGGGGAGCAGUCCCAGCGUGCACAUGGCCCCAAUUGGAGACAUGCCUUAGCAGGACUGGUAGCAGGGACAGGAGCCGUACUGGCAUAUGGACUCAACCACAACCAGGCUGAGCGUGCAGCUACUUCUACAAAGAUGCAGCUGAUGAACCAAGAUUCAUCCCAGCCCAUUUACUCCCAGGACGAGGUCACCAAGCACCGUUCCUUGGAGGAUGGUAUUUGGGUUACCUACAAGGGCAAUGUUUAUGAUAUCACUGAGUUUGUGUCUAUGCACCCUGGUGGGGACAAGAUUAUGCUGGCUGCAGGUGGAGAUUUAGAGCCCUUCUGGGCGUUGUAUGCCGUACACAGCCAGGACCACGUGUUGGAGAUUCUUUCAGAGUAUAAGGUGGGUGAGCUGAGUGCAAUGGACCGGCAGCAGCAGCAGAGCGUGGUCUCCUCAGACCCUUACUCCAGCGACCCUGCCCGCCAUCCCGUCCUGCGCAUUAACAGCCUCAAGCCCUUUAAUGCUGAGCCUCCUCCUGAGAUCCUCUCUGACAGCUACAUCACCCCUUCUGCCAUCUUCUUUAAGCGAAACCACCUCCCUGUGCCACGCGUGGACCCAGCCUCCUACCGACUUCAAGUAGAAGGGCUGCCUGGAGGGGUACUGAGUCUCUCUCUGGAGGAGCUGAAGACACGCUUUCCUAAGCACUCUGUCACUGCCACGCUGCAGUGUGCAGGCAAUCGCCGCUCUGAGAUGAACAAGGUCAAGCAGGUGAAAGGGCUGAACUGGGGCAUUGCUGCCAUCAGUAAUGCUACGUGGAGUGGCGCAAAGCUAAAGGAUGUGUUACAGGCUGCUGGCUAUGUAUCUGAAGUAACCAGCUGGGCUUGUCAUGUGCAGUUUGAGGGGUUGGACAGCGAUGUGACAGGCACCACCUACGGAGCAUCCAUCCCACUGAACAAGGCAAUGAGUGAGGAAGGUGACGUGCUACUGGCCUAUGAGAUGAAUGGGGAGGAUCUCCCUGCUGACCAUGGCUACCCUGUCAGAGUUGUGGUGCCAGGCACGGUGGGUGCUCGCAAUGUUAAAUGGCUGGGCAAGAUUGUGGUGAGUCCGGAUGAGAGCAGCAGCCACUGGCAGCAGAAUGACUACAAGGGUUUCUCCCCAGGCACAGACUGGGACACAGUGGACUUUAAGUCAGCCCCAGCCAUUCAGGAACUUCCUAUCCAGUCGGCCAUAACCCAACCGGCAGAGGGCACAGUGGUGGACCGUAGUGCCGAAGAGGUGACUGUGAAGGGCUAUGCCUGGAGCGGAGGUGGCCGGGAGGUGGUACGGGUGGAUGUGUCUCUGGACGGGGGAAAGACGUGGCAGGUGGCCCAACUGAGGACCAAUGACAAGGGAAAGGCCCCAGCUCCCUCACCUCCUCCAGGCCAAGCUUGGGCAUGGAAGCUGUGGGAGCUAACGGCCCCCCUUCCCCCUGAUGCCCAGGAACUGGAGAUUGUAUGCAAGGCAGUGGACAACAGCUACAACAUGCAGCCAGACUCUGUGGCACCCAUCUGGAACCUGAGGGGUGUGCUGAGUAAUGCCUGGCACAGAAUUAAGAUUAGUAUCAGAGAUGAUUAUGAGGAAGAUGACAUGUAGAGAUUCCAGUCUGGGUUGUGACUGGUUUAAGUCCUUGUGUCCCUGUGGGCUGCCUGAUGAUUGUGACAGCUUGACAGAACCCACUGCUUUUUCUACAUGCAGGUGGAAAAAUAAUAGUGGGAUUUUCUUUGAGCAAGACAUGAACUGUUAAGGUGCCUUAUCUAAUGGCCAGGUCGCAGUUGUAAAUGAGAACUUGUUCUCAACUAGCCUACCUGGCCAAAUAAAGGUGAAAUAAAAUAAAUAAAUAAAAUAAUGAUUUUAGUUAUUAGUUUUAAUUUAAUUAAAUUAGUUACUUUAGUUAAAUACAUUGUAUUACCCCGCCCAUAUAUACCUUGACUUAAUAGCUUGUCCACCAUGCGAUUAGGUUUUAUUCAGAUUUGAUUUUAACUGUUGUAAAUAAGCCAAUAUCUGGCAGAUAAUUAAACAAAGGAAAUAUGUGGAGACCCUAUUUAACUCAGAAACAAAGAAAUUUAUAAAUUGUUGCUUGAAACUUACACGGAAUACAAUGUAUACUGUAUACACAAAGGACAAGAUAAGAGGGAGAAAUGUGUUGGUGUCAACAGUUUUUUUUUUUGAAGACCAAGCUAAGGUUUGCCAUCGAUUUACUCAAGGGAUGUUGAAGUUUAGGCUUUGAUGUCACAAAUGCAUAUAAUUUAUUUUAAUUUGAUGUGGCAGUAUCGUCCACAUAAUCCUGAGAAUAUUUAAAAAAUGUAUAUAUAGACAUAAUAAGAAAAAUUUGAGGACCAAAAAUAUUUGGUUCAGAUCAUAUCUGUUUUAAGAUGUAAUAAUCUGAAGCAUUUUGCAUUGAUGAUUUCAAUGUAUAGCAUUCAGAUACAAUCUUGUUUACGGUAUUCAAUAGCAAAAAGAUAUUUCAAGAGCUAUAUUUUAAAUAACUAAAUAAUUAUUUUCACACUGUACUAAAUUAACCAGUGAAACAGCUUUUUAUGUGAAUGUAUAUUCACGUAUAUUGAAUAAACAUUUUCUCCAGUUU